CUUCAGGCAGCAGCUGCGGAGUCUCAGCGCGUCUUUUUCAAAGCAUUCCUUCGCUGUCACUACAUCGGACACGCCCUGGCUUUUGGAAACAGGAAACAAGAGGAUUUCCCAAUUCACGGUCAACAGAUACUGAAAUGCUGUUGCAUUAGCAGUAGGAAGCCUUGAUUUUUCUGUUGACUGGGUGUUAAGCUGUUGUCACAGAGAGGGAGGAAUGGAGUUGGCCCAUGGCCUGUUGCUAAAUGAAGAAGUCUGCAGUCAACUCAGUGAACAUCAGAAGGCAGAGUUUGUAUUCGAAUGGCUGAGAUUCCUAAAAAAACUUUUAAUUGCUGCUGACAAGGCUGAUUUAAAGGAGAAACAGAAGAAACUUGUAGAACAAUUGACAGCUCUGCUAAACAGCUCUCCAGGUCCUCCCACCCGCAGGCUCAUUGCCAAGAACCUUGGAGUGCUCUACAGUGUAGGGGACACGUUCUCUGUGUACCAAACUGUGGAUGAAUGCAAUGCAAUCAUUCGGAGCAAGGAUGAUUCCCCCAGCUAUCUACCCACCAAACUUGCUGCAGUUGCAUGCUUGGGUGCCUUGUAUGAGCAACUGGGCAGGUUGCUGGGGAAUACCUUCACUGACACCGUAGGGAACUUGUUGAAAGCAAUGAAGAGUGCAGAGUCGCAAGGCCGUUACGAGAUUAUGUUGAGCUUGGAGAAGAUUCUUCGUGGUCAAGGAGUGAGAGCUGUUCCGUGUCACAGAGAGAUCUACAAAGCUGCUCGUUCCUGUCUUACUGAUCGGUCCAUGGCAGUUAGAUGUGCUGCUGCCAAGUGUCUCUUUGAACUUCAAAACGAGGCCGUUUUUAUGUGGAGCUCUGAGCUGGAGAAUGUAUCUACACUAUGCUUUAAGGCCUUUGAGGGCUCUAAUUAUGAUGUGCGGGUGGCAGUUUCAAAGCUUUUAGGCACAGUUCUUGCUACAGCUGUAAUGCCUAAGCAAGCUCCAGGCCCAAGGCAAAGUUUUCGUAAGAGCUCCCUGGGGGAUGUCAUGGACCUCCUGACCACAGGUUUUCUCCGCGGGGGUUCUGGGUUCCUGCGAGCCAGCGGAGAUAUACUAAAGGGGACCAGCUCUGUCAGCAGGGACGUCAAAGUCGGCGUAACUCAGGCCUGUGUUGUGUUCGUCUCCACACUCGGGGGCCAGUGGCUGGAAAGGAAUUUCUCUGCUUUACUCGAGCACAUCCUGGAGCUGGUUUCCAAUCCCAAAGCAACGCAGACCCAGAUGGAUGCAAUCUGCUGUCGACGCUGUAUCUCAUUUAUCAUGCGAGCCACUGUGGGCACCCUGCUCGGAGAGAAAGCACAAAUCACAGCUGCCAAAGAGAUUUGCCAGGCAGUAGGAAAACAAAAGAAAGCUGUAGAUGCAGCCAUGAGCGACAGCAACAUAGAGACAAGAGUGGGAACGACAGAUGUAUCUGCGAGCCAGCAUGUUCUUGUGUGUGCGCUGCAGGAGCUGGGCAGCCUCAUCCUGGGUCUGGGCACCACUGCUGCACCUCUUCUGCAGGAUACUAACACAGGUGUCCUGGACACAGUAGUUUCUGUGCUCCUCCACCCCAGUGCCUCGGCCCGACUGUCAGCAGCUUGGUGUUUGCGCUGCCUUGCUUUGGCCUUGCCCUCUCAUGUCUCUGUGCUGCUGGAUCGCUGCUUGGAGAGACUCGGCGCUCUCAAAUCCUCUCCUGAAGCAGUGUCAGGUUACAGCGCUACCAUUGCAGCUCUGCUGGGAGCGGUGCAGCAGUGUCCCCUGGGAAUACCACACGGGAAGGGCAAGAUGGUGAUUAGGCUGGCAGAGGACAUGCUUCGAUCUGCAGCUCAAAACAGCCGCAUUUCAGUACAUCGGGUACAAGCUGGUUGGCUUCUGUUGUCUGCACUGAUGACAUUAGGCCCUGCGGUUGUUCAUCAUCAUCUUCCGAGAAUGCUGCUGCUGUGGAAGUGUGCCUUUCCCCAAUCCCCGAAGGACCUGGACACGGAGAGGAGCCGGGGAGAUUCCUUUACAUGGCUGGUGACUUUGGAAGGCCGUGCUGGAGCACUGUGUGCAAUGAAAAGCUUUGUUUCACACUGUGGAGAUCUUCUUACUGAUGAUGUCAUCCAGAGACUUCUGCCACCACUUUCUUGCGCUGUAGCGUUAUUAACACAGUUGCCUUUACUGAUCAAAGCAUAUGGGAAUCCCAUGAAAAUUGUAGUGAUGCUCUUUAGGCAAAGACUUUAUGAGAUCCUUGCUUUGCUGCCCCCAAAGACCUAUGAAGGAGGUUUCAACCAAAUCCUCAAACAGCUGGUCGCUGAUUUGACUAGCCCUGAAAACCUGGUUUGUACUGCAUCUUUCCUGCUUCCGGCUCUCUGCCACCCUGAUGAUGUCCUCUUACUGGGGCCAGCACUACAGGAAACUGACCACAGGUUCAUUGAGGAGCAGCUGCAGCAGGGUGGCAAUGCGGGGGGAGGAAGCCUCGAGUACGACCCCUUUGCUAUCUGUGAGAAGGUAUCGGAGGUGGAUAUUGUGCCUAUGCCGCUGUCCCCAGCUCCGUCAGUCAUCAUAGCAGCAGUCGGCCUCUUUGGAGUUGUGUUCCCCCACAUUUCAGCACAACAGAGGGCCCAAAUCCUGGAGCAGUGCUCCGAAUCUAUCAAGCAAGUCAAAGGGUGUCGGCAGCAGACUGCCCAGAUACAUGUGGUUUCUGCAUUCUGCAGUGCUUUAAAAUGUCUUGGUAACAGUCGUGUGAGUUUGGGCCCGGAGGAGGUGAGGAGGCCUGCCCUGGCACUGGUUAUGGGAGCCUUGGAAAGUGCCAACCCUCUGUUGAGAUGUGCUGCAGCAGAGGCUUUGUCUCGACUGGCACAAGUUGCAAAUGACGGGGCCUUUACUGUUGGAAUAGCACAAAUCAGUUUUGAUAAGCUAAAGUCAGCCAGGGAUGUGGUAUCACGGACGGGACAUUCCCUGGCUCUGGGAUCUCUGUACCGCUAUUUGGGUGGAAUUGGCUCAAGUCAGCACCUCAACGCCUGUGUGGGAAUCCUAUGUGCCCUUUCUCAGGACAACACCUCACCAGAAGUUCAGAUGUGGGCGUUGCAUUCCCUGUCACUGGUGAUAGACUCUGCAGGACCAUUGUACCAUGUCCACGUGGAGCCCUCCUUUUCACUGGUUCUGAUGCUGCUACUGACCGUGCCUCCUGCUUAUGUGGAAGUUCAUCAGAGCCUUGGCCGCUGUUUAAAUGCACUUAUUACAACCCUUGGUCCUGAGCUGCAAGGGAGUGGCUCCUCUGUCUCUGCCCUGAGGACCUCGUGCCUGGUUGGCUGUGCUGUGAUGCAGGAUAACCCUGACUGUUUGGUCCAGGCUCAGGCCAUCUCCUGCCUGCAGCAGCUUCACAUGUUUGCACCGCGGCACGUUAACCUGACCAGCCUCGUCCCCAGCCUCUGUGAAAUCUUGUUGGAUAAUUCUGUGUUGGUGAAUUUGUGCAGUUCUUAUCUGUCACUGAGGAGAGCUGUGGUGGCCUGCCUGCGUCAGCUUGCACAGAGGGAAGCGACUGAGGUGUCUGAACAUGCUGUCACCCUCGUGAAAGACCUUUCAAACAGAGAACACACACUCCUGGAUGGUACUAUCAAAGAGACUGGCCUGGAGGGGGCCUUGUUCAGCCUUUUGGAUAGGGAGACCGAUCUUCGCCUCUGCAGAGACAUCAAGGAGACGUUGGAUCACAUGCUGACAUCCAUGGCUGUGGGGAAGCUCUCGCGAUGGUUAAAGCUGUGCAAAGAUGUGCUUUCUGCCUCUGCUGAUUUUGCUAAUGCUGCCCCAGUAGAGACGACCCAAGAGGAGGAGGAGGAGGAUGGGGAUCGUGUGGAUGACGCCUCCACGUUCACUUCCAUACCCGAGAAAUCCUGCCCGUUCACCAACCCUCGCUGGGCCACCCGCGUGUUCGCAGCCGAGUGCGUCUGCCGGAUCAUCAGCCAGUGUGAGAACGAAGACGAGGCGCAUUUCAACAUGGCCCUCGCCCAGGAGAGGAGGCUGCGGGACCCCUCCAGUGAUUUCCUGGUGUUGCACCUGGCAGACCUGAUCCGAAUGGCUUUCAUGGCUGCCACUGACCACAGUGACCAGCUGCGCCUCUCUGGUCUGCAGACCCUGCUGGUUAUCAUCAGAAAAUUUGCAGCAGUUCCAGAACCAGAGUUUCCAGGGCAUGUCAUCCUGGAGCAGUAUCAAGCCAGCGUGGGUGCAGCACUUCGACCAGCCUUCACUCCUGAUACCCCUCCGGAUGUGACUGCAAAAGCAUGCCAGGUUUGCAGUGCAUGGGUAGCCAGUGGAGUUGUAAGUGACCUUGGCGACCUGCGGAGAGUCCACCAGCUGCUGGUAUCAUCGCUAGUGAAGGUGCAGGCUGGGAAGGAGGCUCAGAACCAGCUGUACAAUGAGAGCACAUCCACCAUGGAGACUCUGGCAGUGCUCAAGGCUUGGGCUGAGGUCUAUAUUGUUGCAAUAAAGUGCCAGAAGCUGUGCGACAGUCCUCCAAACCAGCUUCUGAAGAUUUAUUGUGAAGACUAUAGCAGUCCAUCAGCAGAAGGGCUUCUCAACCUGGUUCAGGCAGACUUAACAACCCUUAGUAAGCUGUGGCUGGCAGCUCUGCAGGAUUACGCCCUCCUGACUUUACCACAAGAGUACACUGCACAGCUCCCUGCUGGAGGCGGUGCAUUUUACACAGCAGAAACAGUAGAACAUGCUAGAUCCCACUAUGUUAGUUCCUGGGCUCCCAUUCUUCACGCUACAGCAGUGUGGCUCAACAGUACAGGCUUCAUCGUGGUGGACGAGGAGCCUCCUAACCUGUCCCGACCCGUGACUCCCACCACAAUGGGGCAGUCAGCCUCGCUGGCCAGUGUCAAGUCUCCUGAGGAUAUUAACACAGAGAGAUUCUAUCUAAUAUUGGGUAUAAGUGUAGAGUUUCUAUGCUCUCCUCGCUCGGAUGCUCCAAUGGAAAGUAUACCGGCCUGUUUGCACUCACUGCAGGCUUUGCUGGAUGUUCCAUGGCCACGGUCGAAGAUUGGUAAUGAUCAGGCUCUGAGUGUUGAAUUGCUGAAUGUUCUCCAUAGACUGAUACUGACCAGGGAGUCUCCAGCCAUCCAGCUGGCUGUUCUGGAGCUGGUCAGUCAGAUCAUCUGUGCAGCAAAGGAGCAUGUGAAGGAGAAGCGAAGGAGUGCAGAGGUUGAUGACGGUGCUGAAGAGAAGGAAACUCUGCCAGAGUUCGGAGAGGGAAAAGAUACUGGAGGCCUGGUGCCUGGGAAAUCGCUGGUCUUUGCAACGCUGGAACUGUCCCUUUGUAUUCUUGUACGGCAGCUACCACAGCUGAACCCCAAGCUUGUGGGCAGCCCCAGCAACCAUGGAGGCAAACCACAAACCCUGACGGAGAAUGACUGCAAGCUGGUAUCGGCAGCCUUGGGAGUCCUGUCUGACCUUCCCUGCAUCUGCUCACCUGAAGGCAGUGUUUCAGUCCUGCCCACCAUUCUGUUCUUGAUCACUGGUGUCCUCAGAGAGAUGGCAGUGAAGAUGCCCAGUGGUCAGAUCUCCCUGCCGGUCUCAGCGGCUCUGCAGGCUCUCAAAGCUGUGGUCUCCUCCCCUAUGGCCAGGGCAGAAAAGAGCAGUGCCGCCUGGACCCGUCUGCUCCGCUGUGCUCUUGCUACCCUGCUGGACUUCUGGAACACUGAUGAGAUGCACCCAGAGUUCAAUGACAUCAGCCUGCUUACAGCAAUCACUAUAUUCAUCAUGUCUGCUAGUCCUGAUGUUACAGCUGUCCAGUGCCUUCAGAGUCGGUGCAUCGACAAGUUUAAAAGAAGCCUGGAUUCGAAGGAUCCCCUGAUACUGACCAGGUGCUACCAGCUGCUACUGUCCAUCUUUCAGAACCCCAGCCAGGCUGUGUCUGUCCCCUACAUCCAGUCCCUGGGGUCAGUGAUCGUAAACAGGCUCCAGAGAGUGGAGAAGAGAAAACCAGAGAGUUCUGCUGAGCUGCAGGCUAUCCAGGAAGGGGUUAAAGCUCUUGAGGUCCUUGUGUCUAUGGCUGAUGAGGAACAUCGAUCUCAGCUCAUGGCUAUUCUACUGCCCCUUCUUAUUUCCUUCUUGCUGGAUGAGAACGCUCUGGCCUCUGCACAAAGCCCAGCACGAAAUCUGCAUGAGUUUGCUCUCCAGAACCUGAUACGAAUCAGCCCUCAGUACUCUUCUGUCUUCAAAACCCUCAUGGCCAGUUCUCCGUCUAUGAAGGCACGGCUGGAAGCGGCAGUCAAAGGCAAUCAGGAGAGCGUCAAGGCCAAGAGUUCUGCCCUACAGUCCAAACCUCCAGAAAAGAAUUCUCCCAGCAUUCAACUUAAGACCAAUUUCCUGUGAUUCCCUCAGAAUACACUGUGGUUUCAGAUAGGGCUAAAAAAAUCCUUUUACCUUUUCCUUGCAUUACACUGAAUAGAAUCUGCUAGGUUUUGACUUGACAAGGGGGUAGUUUAAUUAUUAAUUAAGGUCAGUACCGUAUGGUUAACAUGGUUUUGUAAUUCUUCAGAUUAAUUUGCCAAAAGGAGAGUUUUUUUUUUUCCUGUCCAUUUGUUACCUUGUUUAGAUGUGGAGUGAACUCUGUGAAGGAAAUUACUGUCUCUCUACCACAGGGCUGAUCUGGCAUAGGUGAAUAUCGCAGCCAGUGAAGCAGAAGAACACAAUGUGCUUGUCUUUUAUUGCACUUUUUAAUGGGAUAAGAUGUCAUGCUCUAAAAAGUUAUAAUAUAGAGUAAGUAAACAUAGCGGAUACCACAGACCCUGCUCAGUUAGUUUGCUUAAGGAGUCACUUUCAGGCCAGUUUUCUGAACAUGCAAGUAUUAACCAAAAAUAACUGCAGAUCCCUGAUAUAAUUGCACUAUUACUUCAUAUAUGUACAUUUUUAGAGAUAAUGUACUGUAAUUCUACAAUAACACUAUUUAGAACCAUUGUUCAUUAUUCAAAAAAAGGGGCCUAGAAUAAUAAACCAUGCUCUCAUUUGCAUUGAGGCACAGUUUAAAUAUCAAAUGUCAUGUUUUGUAGGGACUGUGUUGGUUUCUUUGUGACUGUCAUUGUAAUUCAGAUGUAGGAUAGAGUUUUUAAAAAGGGGCACUGUGAUUCAAACUAUUCAACUAAGAGCUACGUUUACAUAUUGUCUCAGUUCUCAAUGUUUUCAAGUAUUCGAGUACCUCUUUAUUUUCUGACAUCCAUUCACAUGUCCUAGGUAAUUGAAGCUCCUACCAAGACUGUUUAUCUAUCCAUGAGGUAUUAAACAUCUAGAUUUAACCCCUGGCUAAUUUUCUUUAUAUAUUAUAUUGAUUUUGUUUUUUUGUAUUAUUUGGUAAGAGUAGAACUCUAGUGCAAAACAAUACAAUGAUACUACUGGAGCUGCACAAGCAUGUUUUAAAUGUAUGUUUCUAGUCACUGCACUGGUGCUCAUAGGGCUUCCUGAUUAUGAAACUUGUCUUCACAAUCCAUUGAAUAAAAAUACAGUCGUACAAACUGCUUUAGGCAGCCACAUUACUGAAUGUGUUUCAGGCAUAUUGUUAACUGAAAAACUUAAUUUGUGUGAUUUAUGUUGCUGCACAAUUAUUGUGUGUGUGUUGAUCAUUGCUGUGUAUAUGAUAUGAAAAAUUAGGCGAUACUUGGGGGCAACAAAAAGAAAAUGUUUAUCUGACAUUUUCUAACAUUUUAUUGAAAAUGAGUGCAAUUGAAUAAUAAAAAAAAAAAGUAUUAACCUGUUUUUAUUUGUGGCUGUUUGUGCCUGUUCCUUUUAUGUCCCUGUUACUCCUGACAAAUCAAACCCUGUGUUUAAGUGUGUCCUAGUCUGAACAGCUGUUUUCCUACCAGACCACCUGAAGCACUUAUGGCUGAGGCAAGAAGGAUGUAACAUACUGUAUUUGUAGGUUAAACAUAUUUUGUACAUAGCAUUGUAAAUUGUACAGAUUUAACAAUUCGACUUAAACCCUAACACAUGAUGUCGUUUUCUAAUAUGAUUGACAAAUAAAGCCGCUUUUUUUUUUUCA